UUUCCUUUUUAUGUUUAAUUUUCUGAAAAAUAAAUAAAAAGAUUCCCAUUUUUAUCUCUCUACUAAGGACUGACCUGAUGACCCAAACCCAAAGAUAUUGCCUUUGCCUUGGCUCUCUGCCGUGAUUUUUAGCAUUCUGAAGUUAGAAACUUGUGUGUUACAUAACAGUCACAGAAAAAGAAAAAGAGAAAGAGAGAGGGAAUUUGGUCUGUUUGUUAUUCUUUCAAUCUUUUUUUCUCCUUUGUUGGUUUGUGUCAGGUAUGAGCGAGUGUUUCAGAAUUACCUAGGGCCCCUUUCUUUCUUUCAUUUUCUUUUCUUGUUUUUGAAUAUUUGCUUCAUGGACUCUAAUGGCUGCGUCUGCUGCUACUGCGCUCUCUAAAUCUAUUGGGAAUAGGCAUUAGUUGACUUUCAGCCUUGCCCCUUUAGGAAAUAUGAAAUUCGGGUCAAAGAAAGGAUGGAGAUCCAUUAUGCCCCUUCGUUUGAAAGGCAAAUCUGCCACCCGCUUCUCUUUGUUUCCUAAACCAUGGUCAGCGAGCUAUGGUCCAGGCACUGCACCAGUUUAUCUCAAUGUGUAUGACUUGACACCUAUGAAUGGCUAUGUCUAUUGGGCUGGCCUUGGUAUCUUCCACUCUGGUGUGGAAGUUCAUGGUGUAGAAUAUGCAUUUGGAGCUCAUGACUAUCCGACAAGUGGUGUUUUUGAGGUGGAACCUCGGCAAUGUCCAGGCUUUAAGUUCAGAAAGUCAAUAUUCAUAGGGACAACGUGCUUGGAUCCCAUUCAGGUCAGGGAGUUCAUGGAGCGGCAUGCUGCAAGCUACCAUGGUGAUACAUAUCAUUUGAUUGUUAAAAACUGCAACCAUUUCUGCAGAGACAUCUGUUACAAGCUAACUGGGAAACCAAUUCCAAAAUGGGUAAAUCGACUUGCAAAAAUAGGUUCAGUUUGCAACUGCAUACUUCCUGAAUCUCUCAAGAUAUCUUCUGUACGGCAUGAUCCCAACAGCCAGGUAUAUGACAGUGAGAGGAGAAAGUUGAGAAGUGCUUUCAGCUGCCUAUCUUCAAUCUCAAUGCGGCAAAAGCAGCUGUCAACUUCUUCAAUGUUUCUACAAUCGCCCUUGAAAGGCUGUCUACCAUGGGAACUGAAAAGGUCUAUAAAUGGGUCCUUCAAGGAAAGAUGAAACAUUCUUCAGAGAAAGAGUUUCUUUUAGCGAAAGAGUUUCUUUUAGCAUCUGGGGUUUAUUCUGUCCAUAAGCUAAUGGGGAGUAGCUGAAAGGAAUGGUUUUUGUAUAUCAUGAUCAUGUCACUAGUCUGCUGUGAAAACCAUUAAGAUGCUAAUUUAACUCUCUUGGCCUGAAAAGAAGCUUCCCAGAUGUAUCCAGCGCCCCCCUUAAGUGUUUAAGAUGUUUUUUGCCUUAAAAUUUUUUCUAUGUCAAAGCUGGCUUCGGAGAUGCAUUUUUGCAUAAAUCCUAGUCAUGGAUUCUUCCAUUGCCUCAUUUAAUGCUGUUUUGGCAGUUCACUUAGGUUGUAUAUACACCUGCAAUAUGACGCUUUGUUGAGAGUGAAUUGCUUUUUAUUUAUUUUAAGGCAAUUACGCAUUCUAGCA